AAUAUGUUCAAACGUCAGAGGUUUAUGUGUAAUUUUCAAAGAAUUUUCACCUUUUUAAUUUCUUCAACUGCAGCUGAGAACCUUGGAUUUACAUCAUAUCCACCAGCCUAUCUCAGCAAGCAAGCUAGAGGCAAAAACCUCUUAAUUGGAGCUAACUUUGCCUCAGGUUCGUCAGGUUACUAUGACACUACAGCAAAAAUCUAUAAUACUAUUCCACUAAGCAAACAGGUGGAGCUGUACAAAGAGUAUCAGAAGAAGCUGGUUGCACUUGUGGGGCAGUCCAAUGCUUCAUCCAUAGUCAAUGGUUCAGUCCAUUUUGUCAGUGCUGGAAGCAGUGACUUUGUCCAGAACUACUACAUUAAUCCUCUUCUGUACAAGAAGUACACCACUGAUCAGUUCUCUGACAUUCUCUUGCAGUCAUACACUAAAUUUGUGAAGGAAUUGUACAAUUUGGGCGCAAGAAAGAUGGGAGUGACGACACUUCCUCCACUUGGGUGUCUACCGGCGGUGAUCACCAUAUUCGGGGAGGACCAAAACGUCUGCGUUGAGAAGCUAAAUAAAGCAGCAAUAUCAUUCAACAACAAGCUGAACUCCACAUCUCAGAAGCUGCAAAGUGAACUCUCUGCUCUCAACCUCGUCGUCUUGGACAUUUACCAGCCUCUCCACGACCUCGUCACCAAACCUACCGACUAUGGUUUCUUUGAAGCAAGAAAGGCAUGUUGUGGGACAGGACUGGUGGAGACAUCCAUACUGUGCAAUGCAAAGUCCCCAGGAACAUGCAAAAAUGCAACGGAGUAUGUGUUCUGGGAUGGAUUCCACCCAUCUGAGGCUGCUAAUAAGAUUUUAUCAGAUGAUCUGCUGGCUGCUGGCAUCUCUCUCAUCUCCUAAUGAUUCUAACUACAAAUUUCUUCUUCUUCUUAUUCUUGUGUAAUUCUCUUGUUUUAAUUGUGUGUGAUUUUCAUGUAUUAAUAAAUGAACAACUACUUUAAUUGGGAGUGAA